AUGGCAGGCAAUAGUCACCUAAUCCAAAAUGCCACCGUUGUGUCUGUCGAUGACAAAGUCGGCGUCCGCUAUGGAUGUGACAUCCUCGUUGAGGACGGUGUCAUCACGGCAAUAGAUAGUGAUCUCAAACCGCCAUCAGGAGUCCCAAUCAUCGAUGCGAGCGAGUGCAUUGUUUCUCCCGGGUUCGUUGAUACGCAUCGCCAUACGUGGGAGUCGCAGCUCAAGAACGUUACGUCAGAUUCUCAACUGUGCGACUAUGUUCUUUGGAUACGCAAUGUUUAUGGUUCUUGCUACACCUCAAAGGACGUUUAUUUAGGAAACCUAGCUGGCGCAUUGGAAUCCAUUGACUCUGGAAUCACCUGUCUGGUUGACCAUUCCCACAUCAUGAACACCCCGGCACAUGCUGAUGCAGCUGUCGAAGGACUUCAAGCGGCAAAAAUACGCGGCGUCUUUUGUUACGGUUUGUAUAAGAAUAAAAUGUGGCCUGGUGUACCUCCCGAUGCAGUACAAGAGGAGACAGAACCAGAUUGGCGACUGGCAGAUGCGCAGCGCAUCCGGCAAAAGUACUUUUCUACUGCAAAUGUCCCUUCCGACUUACUACGUUUCGGCUUCGCUCCGGCUGAGAUUGAACGGUCGACUGUGAAGGAGGCAAUCGACCAAGUUGAGUUCGGGCGCGAGAUCGGUGCAGCCAUCAUUACGGGCCAUAUAUCUAUGGGUGAAAAGUUGGAUCGUGGCAUGCACUUCAUUCGACACCUCCAGCAGAACAGUCUACUUGGCCCAGAUCUUCUCUUUAGUCACUGCGGUGCAUUAUGUGAGGACGAACUACAGGCUAUGCACGAGCAUAAUGUUGGCAUCUCUUGCACUCCGGAUACUGAACUGCAGAUGGCUAUGGGUCCCUUGAUCGCAUUUCGUGGUGCCGAGCAUGGGUGCAAAAUGAGCUUGGGGAUUGACGUUGCAUGUAACAAUGCUGUUGACAUGUUUCAGCAGAUGCGCUUACUGCUACAAAACCAGCGAAACAUUGACAACUUGGCGAUGCAAGGGCCUCCUAAUACGAUCUCGCGGAAAUGCGAGGAGGUGUUGAGGUUUGCAACUCUCGGCGGUGCUGAAUGUAUGGGUUUGAAGGACGUGGUUGGGAGCAUUUCGGUUGGAAAGAAGGCAGAUCUUCUCCUGACCAAAUGCACAUCACCAAGAUUGACACCAAUCCAUGAUCCGGUGGCAGCAUUGGUUCUCUACGCAAACGCUUCAGACAUCGACACAGUUUUGAUCGAUGGGGUCAUUGUGAAGCAGGGCGGCAAACUCGUCGUUGCCGACUGGUCAACUGUGAGGAAGGAGGUGUUGCAAUCGUCGAACAACAUCAAGGAACGAGGGGCAGUGGCGCCGGUGUCCAAGAUCAACGAAACUAUUCUAAGCCUCAGUCAGCUUCAAAAGAAGCAUGGUUGA